AUGUCUCCGAAUUCGCUUGCGGAGAGCGAUGUCCCAAGGACUGAUAUGAGUCCGCCAACGACACAGGAAAAUACUCAAGGAGUGGAGGAUACGAGUCAAUAUGCCAAGUUUUCGACGAUAUUAUUGAUCUCCAUUGUGCUGUGCUUGGCAACUUUGUGCGUAGCAGUGGAUAAUACGAUAAUUUCAACCGCUGUUCCCCGGAUCACCAAGCAGUUUCACAGUAUUGAUGAUGUGGGCUGGUAUGCAUCAAUAUACCCCUUGACCUCCUGCGCGUUCCAACCUACAUACGGCAAGAUCUACACGAUCUUCUCCAGCAAACGCGUUUUCCUGUCAGCGUUGCUGAUCUUUGAGAUUGGAAGCGUUUUUUGUGCCACUGCACUCAAUUCUUAUUUUUUCAUUCUCGGACGGGCCUUCGCCGGUAUAGGUUCAGCUGGAAUACAAGCGGGCACUACACUCAUUCUUGCUGACAGUGUUCCCCUACGCCAGCGACCGACGUGGAACAGCAUUAUUGGCAGCAUGUUUGCAGUCGGCAGCGUAGCCGGACCCUUGUUGGGGGGAGUAUUCUCAGAUAGAUCCACAUGGCGAUGGUGUUUCUAUAUAAAUCUUCCCAUUGGUGGCGCGGUUAUGAUUUUUAUCCUCUUCUUCUAUGGCGGUAGGGAUCGUGGCAAGAGAGCAUCUGAACCAAUCGGAUUUUGGAGCCAGAUCGCACGCUUUGACUUGGGUGGUACAGUCACCUUCAUGUCAGUAACGAUCUGUCUCCUUUUGGCACUCUCAUGGGGUGGGACAACAUAUGCAUGGGGCAAUAUCCGCAUCUUAGCCUUGCUAGCCCUCGCUGGCCUUCUUUUUUGUUUAUUCAUCGGUAUUGAAUACUUGAUGAAAGACCACGCCAUUAUUCCUUUACGUCUACUACGCAAGCGAAGUAUAGGCGCAGCCAUAUUAUUUGGUAUAUGUCUUGGAGGAGUGUUUUUUGUCAAUGUCUAUUACAUACCACUGUGGUUCCAAAUUGUCAAUGGCGUCUCGGCUGUGGAUUCCGCCAUACUUUUCAUCCCAUUCAUGCUGAGUGUCGUUGGAGGAUUCAUGUUUGCAGGCUUUGGAACAGCUGCAACGGGAUAUUACACACCUUUUGUUUAUGCCGGAUCAAUUCUCAUGUCGAUAGGCACUGGCCUCUUGAUGACCGUUCGGCCCCAUAGCACCUCGCGAGCGAAGUGGAUUGGAUUGCAGAUCUUGUGCGGAGUCGGUAUAGGCCUAGGAGAAGAGCAGGGAUUAUACAUGGUACAGACGACGCUCCCCGAAAAGGAUGUUGCAACUGGUAUCGGCCUCAUCCUGUUCGCUCAGACGUUUGGUGGAGCUCUCUUCGUGUCAGUUGCACAGGCAGUCUUUCUGGAAAACAUCAGCAAGGCAUUGAGAACGUUGGCCCCGGAUCUAAAUCCCAAGUCCGUUUUGGACGGCGAAACGUCAGGCUCGUCAUCAGAAUUGAGGUCAGUUUAUGGCGUCGCCAUUAGGGACGCGCUACGUGUUGGGCUUAUACUAGCAACGGUAUCGAGUCUUGGCGCUUUUAUGUACGAUUGGAAAACUCUCAAGACUGAGCGGGACGAUGGAGAUAGCGAAGGCAGAAGUGAACAUGAGCUGGAAGAUUUAGCCGAAGUUGGAACUGAGAAUAAGGCGAAGUAG